AUGCCCCUGUCUCAGAGCAGGGCCAGGCAGGUGCCAUGCAGCAGCAAGGUGUGCAGGAACCUCUUUGGCCCUGUGGACCAUCACCAGCUCCAGAAUGACUCUGAGAAACUGUUGAAGCAACACCUGGAAGAAGCUCAGCAGCGCUGGAACUUCAACUUUGAGACGGAGACUCCCUUGGAAGGACAGUUCAAGUGGGAGAGAGUCUUCCUGGCUGAGCAGCUGCCCCAGGAGGUUCACAACCUGGUCAAGGUCACCAGCAGUGAGAGCAGGAGCUCCUUGGUCUGCAAGGUCUCUCCCAAGGACUGUCUUGGCAGGAUUUGCCCGGAGGGGUCUCAGCAGAACUUGGAGGUUUACAGGGCUGGUUCCCCACAGAGCUUGAAACGUGGACAGACCACCAUCAAAGACUUCUACAGCUCCAAGCGGAAGAUUGUCCCUGACAAGCCCAAGCCAUGA